AUGUCAAAGUCUAAGGAUAUGGGUUCUUCCAUCAUCCACACCCAGCAGCUUCAUGCUGCUAUGGCUGACACCUUCCUGGAGCACUUGUGCCUGCUGGACAUCGACUCAGAGCCCGCAGUGUCCCGCAACACUGGCAUCAUCUGCACAAUCGGGCCAGCCUCUCGCUCUGUGGAGAAGCUGAGGGAGAUGAUCAAGUCCGGCAUGAACAUUGCACGUCUGAACUUUUCUCACGGAACUCACGAGUACCAUGCUGAAACCAUCAAGAAUGUGCGUGAAGCCACUGAGAGCUUUGGGUCUGGGAGCCUUGAGUACAGACCUGUGGCCAUUGCCCUAGACACCAAAGGUCCUGAGAUCAGAACUGGGCUCAUCAAGGGCAGUGGCACUGAGGAGGUGAAGCUCAACAAGGGUCAGAAAAUCAAGCUGACACUGGAUGACAACUUCAAGGACAACUGUGAUGAGAAAACCCUGUGGUUGGAUUACAAGAACAUCACCAAGGUGGUUCAGAAGGGCAGCAAUGUCUAUAUUGAUGAUGGCCUCAUUUCGCUCAAAGUCCUGGAAAUUGGUGACAACUUCCUGAACUGUGAGAUUGAGAAUGGUGGCAUGUUGGGCAGCAAGAAGGGUGUGAACCUGCCUGGUGCAAACAUCGACCUGCCUGCUGUCUCAGAGAAAGACAUGCAGGACCUGCAGUUCGGUGUGGAGCAGGGAGUGGACAUGGUGUUUGCCUCCUUCAUCCGCAAGGCUGCUGACGUGCAGGCUGUCAAGAAAGUGCUGGGAGAGAAGGGCAAGGACAUCAAGGUCAUCAGCAAACUGGAGAACCAUGAGGGUGUGCGCAGAUUUGAUGAGAUUCUGGAGGCUAGCGAUGGUAUUAUGGUUGCCCGUGGAGACAUGGGUAUUGAGAUCCCCACAGAGAAGGUGUUCCUGGCUCAGAAGAUGAUGAUUGGCCGCUCCAACAGGGUUGGCAAACCCAUCACUUGUGCCACGCAGAUGUUGGAGAGCAUGAUUAAGAAACCACGUCCCACCCGUGCUGAGAGCAGUGAUGUGGCCAAUGCUGUACUGGAUGGUGCUGACUGCAUCAUGCUGAGUGGAGAGACAGCCAAAGGAGAGUACCCUGUGGAGUCUGUGAGGACACAGCACCAGAUUGCUCGUGAGGCUGAGGCAGCCAUGUUCCACAGGCAGGUAUUUGAGGAGCUGCGCCGCAUCACCCAUUUGACCCGUGACCCCUGUGAGUCUGUGGCCAUUGGAGCUGUGGAAGCCUCCUUCAAGUGCUGUGCCAGUGCCAUCAUUGUUCUCACCAAAUCUGGCAGGUCAGCUCAUCUGCUGUCUAAAUACAGACCUCGCGCUCCCAUCUUGGCCGUGACCCGUAAUGGACAAACAGCACGUCAGAGCCAUCUGUACCGUGGCAUCUUCCCCAUCUUCUACACCAAGCCAGCUCAUGAUGUAUGGGCUGAAGAUGUGGAUUUGCGUGUCAACUUCGCCAUGGAGAUGGGCAAAUCCAGGAAGUUCUUCAAAACUGGUGAUGUGGUGAUUGUUGUCACUGGCUGGCGCCCUGGCUCCGGCUACACCAACACCAUGCGUGUUGUUCUGGUGCCUUGAGCUCCACUUCAAAAACUGUACCUCUCUCCUCAACCCCCAUUCCCAGUUCUCCCUUUCCAUGUAGAUACCAUUUCCCUCACCAGCCAGUGCAUAUAUUUAAGUAACAAACAAACCAUAUACAUUUAGCCUGGUUGUCUGGAGUACAUCAUAACGCCGCUCACACUGUGACUGUUACACUACUCUACACUCAUCUUUAAUUCCUUUCGACCUGGUGAGUCAUCCCUUCAUAUCCAGAACCUCUGAGUGCACUACAGUAGAAAUUGGGAGUGCAGUCUUCUACACUGGGUUUUGCAUCUUACACUUUUUGGGAAGCUGUGUUGUGGCUGAUAGGAAAUUCCAUUAUCAAAGAGUUGUAAUAAAGCUCAGGGUGCCAGCUAUUGCUCUGUGGGAGACGGUUGGCUGUAAAUCAACAUAAAGUCCUUUAUUGUGUGGGGUAUGGUGAGGGAUUUUGGGACUUCAGAAAGCACAGAAUACUCCCCUGCCCCCCAAUACACACACACACACACGCUACUCCCCUCUAGCACUCUCACACUGUUCCUAUACUCAUUGACUACUGGUGUACUGAGACUGAUGCAUAUCUUGUGAAGAAAGUGCUCUUAAGCUGGAUUACCAUCCAUUAAACUGAUGAUCACCUGAAA